AUGAAUUUUACUUUACAGGCAUCUAACUGGAAAUUCUACAGGCAUGAAUUAUUGCUGUACCUUGAACACUUUCUGCAGGCUCUUAUUAAAGGAUGCCAUUAUUUGCCUCCUCCAAAAGGAACUGAAGUAACUUGGAAAAAUUUUCUUUGCUGUUUGAAAGAGCAAGGCUUAAUAUCUUUGGGAGAAGAAGACACAGCAUCUCAUCAACAUUUAAUCAAUAUUACCACUCUCAGACCAACAUACUUCAUUUUAGAUGACAACUUUUAUUAUCGAAGUAUGAGAUACGAAGUGUACCAAUUAGCUCGCAAAUAUUCACUGGGCUUCUGUCAGUUGUUUUUAGACUGUCAGGUUGAGGUCUGUCUACAGAGAAAUGGUCAGAGAACUCAGCCAUUACCUGAAGAAACAAUACAUGCAAUGGCACAGAAGCUGGAAGUUCCAAAUUCAGAGAAAUACACAUGGGAGAAGAACAGCCUCAUUUUGAAGAGUACAGAAUAUACUUUGGAAGAUAAUCUCCAGGUGCUCAAUUUGUUGUCUCUUACUUUGGAAAAUCCAGUGAAACCGCUGGAAGAAAACACAGAAUUCAAGGAAGCUGAUCGAGCUCUUUGCGCAGCCAGUUUCCUUCAUCAAGCUGACCGGGCUGUCAGGCAAAUUGUCUCUCAAACAAUGAAGAAUGCAAAAGAUAAUCGCCUUACCCCAAGUGAGAUGAAGAGCUUGGCACAGGAACUCAAUAAACUGAAAGUGGGUUUCUUGGAAGAUUUAAAACACCAGUAUAAUGAAAAGAAACAGUGUUAUUCAGCAAGUACACUUCCUAUAAACACAGCUUUAUUCCACCAACAGGCCAAUGAUAUUGCUAAGAAAUACUUGUUAUGCACGUAGCAGUGUGUGUAUUCCUGCCAUGUGCAGGGAGUACAAAACACAAGUGAUAAGCAUUUUGAAAAGAACUCUCAUGCCCAUAGUCAAGUUUCCACAUGUUGGUGUAUGUGAGAUUUAUUUGCUCUAACUUGAGGAAUAAGCUAUCAGUUGCUUAAAAAUACUGAAGUAUGAUCUAGCAUACUCGUUGCCUGGUUAAAAUAUUUGAUGCUUCAAAAAAAGAAGCUUCUUCACCUAUUAAAAUGGCCAAAAAGAGGAGAAACAUUUCUGGAAAGAAAGUCUUACUGAACAGAGCUUAUCUGCCAUGUGUCUAUAGAGGAAUUUAUGCAAGACUUCCUCAUUCAAAACCUCUUGCCUUAAAUAUUUCUGAUGCCAAGAUAUUUGUCUCAUACACAUAAACCAUGGGAAGCUUUUCUGUUACAACGGAUACAGCUCAUUUGGUAAGGAUUUGCCAUUAUGGCUUUCUAUUUUAGUCGAUAGGCAGUGGUAUGGUUUAGAUCCAAAGCCUUGCUUCUGCGUGUACCCCAGCCUCUUCCAUUGCAGGUCCUCCCCUGCUGCUUCUGCUCACAGGAGAUCAGUAGUGAGCCAAAAACACCUAGCACAAGAGAAACACGUUUCACCCAUGCAACAGAAAGUGCAGCAGAGGCAAGGCACAGAAUUCAACUCUGUACUUAUAAAGGGAAAGCUUAAGAGUCCAGGGUUUUAAAAAGGCAGUAAUGUCAAAGAACACAAGGUUAAAUGUAAGAUUACUGUAUGUAAUUGUGUGAAACGUCCUCCUUUACACUAGUUUAUAUAAUUUUAUUAUACUAUAAAAACAUAAACCUAUAUUUCCCCCCUAAAUCUCCUGUUUGAUGGCACAGCAUCAUUUUGAGUAAUCCUGCACAAAAGUCAUGGGUUUUCUGCUUUAGAAAGGCUGACUCAAGUUUUUCUCAUCUGCACUUCCUGGUAUGGUGCGUGAAUUACCUAAAUUCUUGCUGUAAUUUUGUGAUUUGGAUGUCUUCCAUGACACCCCCUCACCCCAUUCAUAACAAUAUAUAAUGUACAAUUUAAGAGAACUCCCAGAAGGCUGUAAUGAAUCCUACUGGAAGACUGCAUUUUAUUAGUUUUACUUCUCGAGGCCUUUUUCAUGGAGACUAAAUCCAGCUCUCAACAUUUAAUACAGUUGAAAGUAAUUUUAAAGCUUUAAAAGGUUAUCAAAACCAGUCAUGGGGGUGGGGACUUAUACCCCGCCCUUCGCUACCGGAAGGUGUCUCAGAGUGGCUUACAGUCUCCUUUCCC